AUGAUGUAUUCCGGACCAUCAUCAAGUUCAAGUUCAAGUUCAUCUUCUUCAAAUACAGAAGAAUAUGAUCAACUCGUUGAUGAACUCUUCACAUACCAACCCCCAUCUUUCCUCAUGCCCCAAACACAAUCCCAACCUACUUCAAAAACACGUAGAGGGGGUACGAAUAGAAGAGAUAGGGAAAUGGGACAUGCCAGGCUGUUUAAUGAUUAUUUUUCCGAUAAUCCUGUGUACAACACCACCCAAUUUAGAAGAAGAUUUCGUAUGCAACGACCUUUGUUUAUACGUAUAAUGAACAAGUUCGUUAAAGGUGAUGUUUACUUCCAGCAGCGUAGGGAUGCAGCUGGAAGGUUAGGCUUAUCACCUCUGCAAAAAUGUACAGCCGCGAUAAGAAUGUUAGCCUACGGCAUGGCUGCAGACGCCGUGGAUGAAUACUUUGGAACUGAGUACAUGCGAAACCCUACAACUGAUGAAUUGGCCCGGAUACUGCAUCAAAAUGAACUGCGUAUUUUUCCAAGCAUGAUAGGUAGCAUUGAUUGCAUGCAUUGGGAAUGGAAGAACUGUCCAACGGCUUGGAAAGCGCAGUACGCCGGUAGGAACAAGAAAGAAACGCUAAUACUGGAAGCCGUUGCGGAUCAGGAUUUAUGGAUAUGGAAUUCCUUCUUUGGUAUUCUCGGAUCUUGUAAUGAUCUUAAUGUGUUGUAUCGUUCACCAGUGUUCGAUGAGGUUCUACAUGGUCGAGCUCCUCCGAAAGAUAAAAUGUUCGCUGACCACCAGGCUGCUGUUCGAAAGGACGUUGAAAGAGCUUUCGGUGUUUUGCAAGCUCGAUUUGCAAUAAUACGAAAACCGUCACUGGCGUACGAUGAGGACAUAUUGCGGGACAUAAUGAAAGCAUGUAUCAUUAUGCACAACAUGAUUGUUGAAGAUGAGCGCCACAACUACACUCGAGCCGAAGUUCUAAGAGCCUUCUACGAAGAAGAUCAACAAGAAUUAACACCAGCAUCAACGUCUACAACACCACCGUUUGAAUUCAAUGUAGGCCGACCUACUGACUUUGACUUUAACGCAUUUCUACAGCGAAAAGCUUCCCUGCGUGAUAGAGAAAUUCAUCUAUCUCUGAAACGUGAUUUAGUCGAACAUAUUUGGUUACAAUACGGGCCACGUAAUUAG